AUGCUUGACCCGCUGUCUGCCCUUGGAUUAGCCAGCAACGUCAUUCAGUUGGUCGAGUUUGCGGCCCGACUUGUGAAGAAAGGGACCGAAAUUCACCUUCGGGGAGAGACUGUUGACAACGCAAAACUGCAGGAUGUGACUGUCAAUCUAGUCUGCCAGAGCAAGAACAUAACUGCAUCAGUAGGCCGUGCCGGUUUACCAAAUACGCCGAGAAGCCAAGAAGAGCAGAUAUUACUAGACACAUCCCGAAACUGUGCCAUCGCGGCCAACGAACUCGUCGAUUGUCUGGAAAAUCUUAAAAGAAAACAUGGGAGGAACGCUGUAUGGAGAAGCUUUCGACAGGCGAUCAAGACAGAAUGGAGCAAGGAGACCAUCAGUGCCAUGGCCGCUAAAUUGGAUACCUACCGGAGCGACCUGACUCUUCAUACUCUGUUCUUCCUCAAUACAAAAGUCGGCCAGCAGAUUGACAGCCAGGAAAAACGAUUCAAUCAACUGGAGAGGAAAGGCAAUGAAAUAAUUGAAGCGAUUCUCAUUAGCAACGAAACAAGCACCCACGACUCUGAUGCUGGGGAUAUAUCUCAGAACAAAAUUCAGGAACAAUUUCAAGAUGCUAUAGCAGCAAUAUUCACCCAUCGUGAUGGGCUAAUCACAACGAUGUCGCCGCCAUUUUCGUCUAGUGUACCGCUCAGCGGCAUCGUCAAUCCAAACCCCGCAAAAAAGGGUGUGAUGACGCUACAAAACCGCGGUUCUAGCAAUGAAUCGCAAGAUGCUCGAGUCACAUUUGGCAACUUUGCUUCAAUUCAGCAAAGGGUGCUUAGACUACUCUUAUUCAGACAAAUAAGAGAUCGAAUGGACGAAGUUGCACCUGCCCAUAAAGCGACUUUUAAGUGGAUUUUUGAGGAUCCAAAGCCUUCGCAACGGCCUUGGGAAAACUUUCUAGGUUGGCUUCAAAACGGAAGUCAUUGCUACUGGGUCAAUGGAAAAGCCGGGUCGGGAAAGUCUACGCUGAUGAAGUAUAUAUACGAUAGCCCCCAGACCCGGCAGGCCCUGCAGCAGUGGGCCGGUGGUACUAGACUGAUUUUCUCGUCCUUUUUCUCAUGGAAUAUUGGGUCAACUUUGCAGAAAAGUCAAGUAGGACUUUUGCGUUCCCUCCUCCAUGACAUACUUCAGCAGGUUCCUGACUUGAUACCUGGAGUCCUCCCGAGGCUCUGUAGGGCUGCCUCUCAGGGGGAGGAUUUUCAGCCGACACUGGCCGAAUUGAAAAGUGGCUUUGAAAAAUUGGCAACCCAAACUAUAACGCCGUUAAAGAUAUGCAUAUUAAUCGACGGGAUUGAUGAAUUCGAUGGCGACCAUGCAGAGAUCUCCGAAUUCAUAUUCUCCACAACUUCCCCAAAUUUUCGUGCAAUUGUCUCAAGCCGACCGAUCCCCGAAUGCGUUGAUGCUUUUGGAGAAUGCCCAAGUCUUCGUCUACAGGAUUUAACUUACGGCGAUAUCAGGUCUUACACCAACGAGAGAGUACUCUCCCACCGCAGAUGGAAAGAGUUGAUGGAAGAAGAAGGUGUCCAAGCCAUCCAGCUGUUAGACGAUAUUGUCAACAAAGCCGAAGGUGUCUUUUUGUGGGUUAUUCUUGUCAUAGCCUCAUUAUUAGAAGGCCUCCGCAAUUACGACCGAGUGUCUGAUUUACGACGACGUCUCGAUGUCCUGCCAUCGGAUCUGGAAAAUCUAUAUAGCCACAUGCUCAACAAGCUCCAGCCACUUUACCGUCGCCAGGGUUCACAGCUCCUGCAGAUUGUCCAGAAGCAUAUUGAAAUAGAGCCGGAUCAGCUUCUCAGCCCUUUACAGCUUUCCUUUGCUGAUGAGGAAGACCCUGAUUAUGCCCUGCGUCAAGAGCUAGAGCCCUUGUCGGCGAAUCAAAAGCUAGCGAGAUGCAGGGCUAUAGAAGGACGGGUACGAAGUCGUUGUUGUGGCCUGGUAGAAAUCUGGCAGGACUGGUCAAUACCUGACAGCAGUACUCGAAUAACAAACGCCCGAGUUAGCUUUCUACAUCGAACGGUGGUAGAUUUUCUGCGAAAAUCGCAUGUCAGCAAAGAAGUGAUUCAGUCCAUGGUCGAUAAGGACUUUGAUCCAAGUAUUUCUUUGGCAAAGUGCUUUCUGGCGGAUAUUAAAGCAGGCGAAAACAUCAAAUCGAUGGAUUUCAUCAGAGGAAACUCCUGGAAUAGUAUGCAGCGUUGCUUGAAUUGCUGUCGGUUUACGACACCGUCUACUUCGGAGCAAUUAAUGCACAUCGUGGAUGAUUUGGACAAAACCAUGAGUCGACGAUGGAAAUCAAUUGAUCGCUGGGAGGAGAGUUUCGCCGAACCAGAUCACACUACUGUUAUCGUAACACAGAAGUUCGACUGGUCGCUCUCUGAACUGCGCCAGACCUAUCGACUGGGAAAUUUCGACGAAUUUUCGGAUUUGCAGGCAUCGAUACUUGUGCUAGCUGCUACGAUGGGUCUGACUGAUUAUGUUCGUUACAAAUGCAGCAGCGAGGAAUUUUCUACCGACAGUUCUCAGCUCCAGCAAGCCAUGCUUGCUGUGGUAUAUAGUGCUUGUCGUGUUAUCGAGAUUGAAUCCGACUUGCUCAGCCAGCAGUACUCAAAUAUCGCUAGCAUUGAAAAACGGGGCACUAUGGAAAGCUAUUUUGGUGUUAUUCAGAGUCUCCUAGAUGCAGGAGCAAGCCCUGACAAGCCAGUCGGGCGAAAGGGCUCUACGCCGUGGAUGCUAGCCCUCCAGGAGACGGAACAAAUGGCAUUUAACUGUGAAAUUUUGGCUUGGGCUGAUAUCCUUCGUUUAUUCCUGGUAUCAGGCGCCGAUCCACACGGCAGUGCAAUAGAGAAGACACCACGAUUAAUCCGAUACCGCAGCGCUUUGGGGGUCAUGGUCACCAAAAUUAAGGACUGCCACAGCUCAAAAAUACCUCCUCAUCUAAGAUCAUAUGCAGCCCAAUUUUGUGAUAAAUUGGUCGAGAUCAAAACUAUGCUAGCCGAAAAGGGCGCCGAACAACACGAUUGGGCUGAAAUUCCUGAUCACAUCCGGCCAGAAAGAGACGGUACACCGGCUCCGUGGUCAAGCAAGUCUACUCGAUUAAACGAAAUAUUCAACCCUUCUGCUGAAAGAACAAGGAGGAGGGAGUCUCCUAAACGCACGCGUCGAAACAGGGCCCCUGGAAAUAUAAAUGAAUACCCCCCUGUUAGCUAUAAUCGACAUUCGGGUCUUGAAAAUCCCCCCAUGGGCCAUAGUCGCCGACACUCGGGCCUUGAAGAGAACCGUGGCCGUCGUGGUCGGUCACCCAGAGUUGACAGAUCACCAAGGCCUCGCCAAUCAUCAAGAUCCGAUGAAUUGAAUCUGCGGUCUCAUUCCAGACCUAGCCUUGACGAUGAAGAAAGCCCACUCCAAGUGGAACCUGCCACGGUUACGCUUCCAAACUCGGAUUUCAGUAGCGGAUUCGACUUCGAAUUUGACAAUCCCGCUCUUAUCAAGCCAGAUAGUGGCAAUAUUGACAAAGAAUAUGUGCACACUGUUCAACGCCGUCGGCAUAGAUGGCUAUCAUGGUUGGGCUUACGCUCCAAGUCGGCGAGUGUUAAUUUCCGAUGA